AUGUUUUCCCGCAAUAUUAUCAGACAAUCUCUGCGCUCGAGAGUUGCUCUAGCAAACGUUUCUAGCAGGCGUCUUUAUCAUCCGAAAGUCAUCGAUCAUUAUCAGAACCCAAGAAAUGUGGGUACUAUGGAUAAGUCUUUGACGAACGUCGGAACAGGGCUCGUUGGCGCUCCAGCGUGCGGAGAUGUGAUGAGAUUACAAAUUCAGGUCAAUGAUGAAACCGGAGUUAUUGAAGAUGUGAAGUUCAAGACUUUUGGAUGUGGAUCUGCUAUCGCUUCCUCUUCUUUCGCCACCGAACUAGUCAAAGGUAUGACUAUUGAAGAGGCAGCAAAAAUUAAGAACACAAUGAUUGCCAAAGAAUUAUCUUUGCCACCAGUGAAACUCCAUUGCUCUAUGCUGGCAGAAGAUGCCAUUCAAGGCGCAAUCAAGGAUUAUAAGACAAAGAGAGGUAACCGCAAGCCAACUACUUUAACUUGA